UCUUGAUCCGAAAGUUGGCAACGCGCUCACAUAAUGCUGCAGUUUUCUAGGCUGUUUUGACGCCAUUUAUAUUCGUUUAUAGAAGGAGAUUUGUUAGCGUUUAGACGAUAAAGAUUUCAAGAUACCUUGACUUCACACAAACUCAUGAUGGCACCGAAAACAAAACUAUUUGUUGGCCAUCUUCCAGAUGGUUGUUCAUCUACUGAUCUACAAACACUUUUUGAAAAAUAUGGAACAGUUAAAGAAUGUGAUGUUAUCAACAAAUAUGGUUUUGUGCACAUGAGCACUCCAGAAGAAGCUGAGGAAGCUAUUAAAGGUCUGAAUAAUUUCAACUUUAUGGGAUCAUGUAUAAGUGUUGAGCAAUCCACAAGUAAGUUGCAUCCAGAACCAGGUGCACCAGGUAGAGCUAAAGGUGGACCAGGAGGUCCAAUGAGACGAGGGGGUAUGCGAAAUGGAUAUCCUAGAGAUGGAUUCUAUGGAGAUGCUUAUUUUGGGCCAUUUGGACCACCAAGAGAUCCUUUUUAUGACGGACCUAGUCGUUCUCGGCCCUAUCCACUUCCUUAUGAAAGAAGACCACCAAUGCCGCAACCAGAUCCUUAUGGACGUCGUCCACUACCACCACCACCACCAAGAGAUGAUUUAUAUGGAAGACGUCCAAUGCCAUUUGGAGAAGAAGCAUAUGAAAGAAGACCAAUGCAGGAUAGACCGGACUAUUUAUACACAAGACGUUCUCCACCUGCCUCUCAUCGAUCAUUUUGGUAUUCACCUGAUGAUAGACAAUGGACACAGCUGUUAUAUGAUGACACAUGGAGUUACCAGAGUUCUUAUCCACAAACGACAGAUCCAAAUGCAGAUCCAAAUGCUGCUUGGCCAAUAGCUCCUGGUUAUGAAAAUCAGAUGAAUAUGUAAAAUUCAUCUUUAAAAUAACGACGACCGUGCACCGCCUCUUCGUUUCCCACGUCCGAAGGUUUUCCGUCGCGACUGAAGAUAUUACCCGUACGAACAAACCGAAGAAUUUCGUCUCCGAAUAAGUAACCGUCUCCGCAGACUUCUACCGUUUGAUGAAAAACAGUUAUUUAAAAAAAUAACAAUAAUAAUUAAAUAAUUAACGAAACGUAAAUCUGGACUUUUUAACUUUUCGAACCGAAAAAUUGCGACUAAAUCAUCGGUGUUCGUCGUUGUCGUCAUUAUUCAUCUUUUCAUAUAAACAUUGAAGUAUUCGUGUAGUCGUCUCUGUAAUUUCAGCGAAGUGUGCUGCUAAUUCGGGUAACACACCGAAUAGUGUAGUCGUACGAGCCGAUGUUAUGUUUUCAAGUCACUUAUUUCUAAAAAGAAACCACUUCGGACGAUGAACCGAUAUUCAUGUAUAUCGUCUAAUAUCUAGGUAAGUUUGUGUAUUUUUUGGAUGCAACCGAGUGCGAUUGCGUCAUAACUCAUUUUAAAAAUGUGAUUGUAUGUCGUCAGUUAAAACCCGUUUGCCUUUGUAUAAUGCUUCUCGUUCGAACGUUAUGUUGGGAUAUGGUAGUAUAGGUUGUUUUAAUGCGACUAUUAUCUUUUAACAGAUUUCAAUAAAAGAUCAUGAAAAAGGAAA